UGUUGACGGUGGGAACGGCGGCAGUGGCGGACAGCAUUCUGGCCCUGCUCAUGUCGGCGGCGACUGUUCCGGGUGCGGAAGCUGCUUCGACCCGCAUGCUAUCUGUAAGGAGUACGGCUGUUUCAACAUCUGUAUGUGUGAGCCGGGUUACGCGUUUGUCAAGAACGGAGCCUUUCAAUGUGGACAGUGUCUUCCAGAGUGUUCCUGCGAGGAUGGUCAGGAGUGCGUAAAUGGAGAAUGCGUUCCCGAGUGCGUCGGAUGUGAAGUGCGCAUGCCCGGAGGCGAAUGCGUGGAACUUCUUUACGGAGACGACUGCACGCUGUUCCCUGACGGUUGUUGCCGUGACGAUCUCGCAUGCAUGAGUGGCAUAUGCGAAUGUGUGAACGCGGGUCUCCAAAACGACGAGGAUGAAGACAAGUGUUUGGGUGAUGACCUCGGUGAGCCUUGCGAUGAUAAUGAUGAAACCGACCUAUGCACAAUCAAAAACAAUCGUACCGUGUGUGUCAGUGACGGGGAUGGCAACCCGGUGUGUAGCUGCUCUAAACCAUUCUUUGAAGAAAACGGCAUCUGUGAGUGUUCAUGUGACGAUGGAGAUAGUUGCCCUUGCGCCAAUGGUCAGGAGUGUAUAAAUGGAGAAUGCGUUCCCGAGUGCGUCGGAUGUGAAGUGCGCAUGCCCGGAGGCGAAUGCGUGGAACUUCUUUACGGGGACAACUGCACGCUUUUCCCUAACGACUGUUGCCGUGACGAUCUCGCAUGCAUCAAUGGCACAUGCGAAUGUGUGAACGCGGGUCUCCAAAACGACGAGGAUGAAGACAAGUGUUUGGGUGAUGACCUCGGUGAGCCUUGCGAUGAUAAUGAUGAAACCGACCUAUGCACAAUCAAAAACAAUCGUACCGUGUGUGUCAGUGACGGGGAUGGCAACCCGGUGUGUAGCUGCUCUGACCCAUUCUUUGAAGAAAACGGCAUCUGUGAGUGUUCAUGUGACGAUGGAGAUAGUUGCCCUUGCGGCAAUGGUCAGGAGUGUAUAAAUGGAGAAUGCGUUCCCGAGUGCGUCGGAUGUGAAGUGCGCAUGCCCGGAGGCGAAUGUGUGGAACUCGGUCACGGAGACGACUGCACGCUGUUCCCUGACGGUUGUUGCCGUGACGAUCUCGCAUGCAUGAGUGACAAAUGCGAAUGUGUGAACGUGGGUCUCCAAAACGACGAGGAUGAAGACAAGUGUUUGGGUGAUGACCUCGGUGAGCCAUGCGACGAUGACAAUGAUGAACCCGACCUAUGCACACUCAAAAACAAUCGUACCGAGUGUGUCAGUGACGGGGAUGGCAACCCGGUGUGUAGCUGCUCCCAACCAUACACUCUAAAAGACGGCAUCUGUGAGUGCUUAUGCUCCUCGGGAGGUAUCUGUGCAUGCGACGAAGGUCUGGAGUGCGUACAGGACAAUUGCGUUCCCGAAUGCGGCCGAUGUGAAGAGCGCGUGUCCGGAGUUUGUAGUCCACAAUGUAACGAUUCGCAAGUGUGCAAUGAAAAUGAACAGUGUGUAACUCCACUGGCACUAGGCGAUGAAUGUACGGGUACAGGAAGUGCGAAUGCGUGUAUGAGGGAUGAUGGGAUCAAAUGUAGAAGUGGUGACUGUUGUGGAAAUGCAAAUGGAAAUCCUGAUUAUCCAUGCAAUGUGAAGUACUGUGUGUGUGAGACGGAAUGGGGAUACAAGCUGAACGCGUCCCAAACCGGGUGUGAGUUAACUGGAGAUCCAGUAGUACCGAAAGGAAAUUGCGAGGACAUGCUUUACAUCUAA